GAUGACAGUCAAGCUGGGCGACCACAGCAGCGGCGGGGCCCCCGAGGAAAGCCUGAGGAAGCUGGGCAAGCGAGGAGCCGCCGCCGGCGAGGAAGAGGGGUGCCCCGAAGGAGCAGGAGGAGGAUGUGGAGGAGAGGGGGCCAAGAAAGGCCCGGAGGAGGGGACCCCUCCGGGAGAGACGGCCAACGGGGGUCCCUCCUCGGGAGUCCCACCGGCGUCGCCCCCGGCUGCCACCGCCUCCUCCUCCUCGGGCCCACCGGCCGCGCCUGGCCACGACCAGCAUCACUUCCUCAGGUCCAGCGUCCGGCCGCAGAGCAAGAGGCUGAGGAAGGACCCCCAGGCCUCCUGUGGGGCGGCCGUCAGCGGAACGGGCAGCAGCGGCGGUGGGGGCGGCGGCGCUGCCCCCACGGGAAAAGGAAAAGAUAAUGGUGGGACAUCAUCUAGCAACGCCUCAGGAAUCCCAUCCAGCACCCCAGCCGGCAAUUCAAAAUCCGGUUCAAGGAACCUAAGCUCCUCAACCGGAGAAAAGGAGGAAGGCAAGAAAGUGAGGCGACAGUGGGAAUCCUGGAGCACGGAGGACAAGAAUACCUUCUUUGAGGGGCUGUAUGAGCAUGGCAAAGACUUUGAGGCGAUCCAAAACAAUAUUGCCCUGAAGUACAAGAAGAAAAGCAAGCCAGCAAGCAUGGUGAAGAACAAGGAGCAGGUCCGGCACUUCUAUUAUCGCACUUGGCACAAGAUUUCCAAAUACAUUGACUUUGAUAAUGUGUUUUCUCAAGGGCUGAAAAAGUCCUCCCUUGAGCUUUAUGGCUUAAUUUGUUAUGGGGAGCUCAGAAAGAAGAUUGGGGGCUGUAUGGAUGACAAAAACGCAGCUAAACUCAAUGAGCUUAUCCAGGCUGGAGCCACAACGGUUCGCUACAAAGGCAGGAACCUUCGUAUCAAGGCACCCAUGUGCAGGGCUCUGAAGAAGCUCUGUGAUCCAGACGGUAUAAGCGACGAGGAAGAUCAGAAGCCUGUGCGUCUUCCUCUGAAGGUUCCUGUGGAACUGCAGCCACGGAAUAACCACGCGUGGGCCCGGGUGCAGAGUCUGGCCCAGAACCCACGUCUCAGAAUGAUCGUGGAGCUGCAUCGGAAGGUAUCCAGCCUCAUUGAGUUCCUGAAACAAAAAUGGGCUCUCCACGAAGUGCGUAUCAGGAAAACACUAGCCGAGAGGCAGCUGCAGGAUUGUAGAGAGGCCGAAACCAGCAGCAGCAGCAGCUGUUCCGAAGACCAAACGAUGCUUCACCUUUUCCCGGGGGAAAACUGUACGCUGACACCCCUGCCUGGGGUUGCCCGCGUGGUACACUCCAAAGCUUUCUGCACAGUGCAUUGGCAGGAAUCGGGCCGGUGCAAGCAGAGUACCAAGGACGUCCACCUCUUGCCCCCUGCCCAAAUCCUAGGCAUCCAGAGCGGUCAGGGGACAGCCAGAGGGCAGGUGAAAUACUCACGGGGGGCAGAAAGUAAAGGCGGAGCCAAGCCCGACACGGCCGCGGAAGUGAGCAGAACUCCUCAGCUGACCCUGGAUCCCGUUGCAAACCCGGAAGAUUGCUCCCCCGAAGCUGGGCUUGCCGAAGCAGCCUUCUCGGACCUCAGUGUCGUCAGCCAUCUCAGCAAGCCAGGUGCCGGGCUUCAGGGCCCGAGUGGGAGCUUGGAGAAGUCCAUCCCGGCGGCCGAGAGCAGAAAGGCGGCGCCCAUCGUUGCCUUGCCCGCCGCGGUGGACGCCGGCAGCGCCAAGUGCAAUUGUGGCGAUCUCCCGCCGGACCUGGAAGAGCUCUCCCUGCUCGAUCCGUUCCCUCGUUACAUGAAGUCCUGCCACGAUCUGAUUGUCCCUGAGAAGUGUCUUUGCGCGGAGAAGCUGGAUAGAAAAGAGCUUGCCUUGCCGGAACGUUCUCCCGCCGGCGGGGCUUUGCCUGGCGCCGCAGAGACCGGCAGUCCCACACCGUUGGCGAGUGGCAGUCUGGAAUUGCCCAGCGGUGGUCCCUCCGCUUCUGAAACUCAGGCUUUCCACUGCUCCGGACCUCAAGCCGAACCGUGUGUUAAGGAGCCCCCUGAUGCGGUCACGGAGGACACUCAGGAGAAGCUCAACACCUCACUGCCACCGCCUCCGCCACCGCCAGCGCCUCCAGCUCAGGGACAGAUGGUCACAAAGUCUGUCAAGGACGACCCCGGCCGCCUCGCGCAGCAAGUGCGAGAGAAGGGAUGGAGCCUGCGGACGUCUGACAGCCUUACCUUGGCUGAAAUCUACCUCAUGAUGGGCAAGCCGAACAAACUGCAGUUAGAAUACGAUUGGCUGACGGUCUUGGGGCAGGAAACCCAAGAUGCCGGGGAGCAGGUCGCUGAACCGAAAUGUGUCCCUCCAUCGGCCACUUUUCAUAAACAGAAACUCCUCAAUUGCCUCCUGAAACUCAUCUCGACCGAAGUGAACCCCAAACCGAUCCCCGAAAUGAAUUCCGUUGCGACAUCCCCUAUCAAGCCCAUUCAAGAGGAACAUGCUUUGACCCCUCCCGGGAAGGUGAUUGCCAUUAGCACCAGGAGCCCAGGCUGUGCUCGCAACCAGACUGCGCUUCACAAGAAGACCUUUCCCCCCAAUGCCACUUCCAACUCCUCAGGUUUCCGAAAUCCUUCUAAACCCCUCUUGGUGGCUAGUUCUUCAAAUUCCAGCAACCCUGAUGCAGACGGCGGCCUCUUCGCCAUUCCCACAACCCUCCCGCCAAACAGCAGGCACGGGAAGCUUUUCUUACAAAACAAAGAAGCAGACCUGAGCUUCCGCCAGCGCUUGGACACCAUCAGCAUGCAAUCAGAUUUUUUCUUGCCAAAGCCAAGAAAACUACGCAGCAGACACCUACGGAAGCCGCUAGUUGUGCAGAGGACCCUGCUUCCUAGACCAUCUGAAAGCCCUUCGCAGCAUGUUUGCUCCUUUUCCAUCUUAUCUAACUCCUCCGUAACAGGAAGGGGAUCUUUCCGGCCAAUCCAGUCUUCGCUGACGAAAGCUGCCGUGUCACGUCCCAUUGUUCCCAAGAUCCUUCCAGUUCAAGCCACCAGUCGUCUGUCUAGUGCGAUUGAUUUGGCGGCUAAAUCAGCCGGUAUUAUCCCUGGCAGUCCUUUGCCGCUUCUGGGGACCGAAGGCUUGCCAAACGUUUCCCCGCUCUCACCAGAGGCAGUAUCCACCGUGGUUGGAGGUCAAGAUUCCACAGUGGCACAUCAGAAUGGAGGCUCUGUAGCAACAGUGGCGGGUUCAAGCCAUGAAUGUCGGGUUCCUUUCCUUGGUCUACCAUCCCAGUCUGAGCAAGAAGCCAUUCCUGAUGGCUUCCAGGGAACACCGGUCCUUUCUCUGCCGGAGCUGCCUAAAACGUCGCUGAGGAAUGGCCUUGCUCCCUCUUCUGAGACGUCCAGUACCCACCUGUCUCCUCCCAACGUCUCCGCUCUCCUGGACAUAUCACUUCCUGGACCCCCCGAGGAUGUUUUGUCUCAGGGAGAACCGGCUACUCAAAUCAGUGACUCCAUCAUCGAAAUAGCAAUUAGCUCAGGCCAAUACGGUGAGAGUGUUUCCCUGUCCCCAGCCAAGCUGAACGGCAGCGAUAAUUCCAAAAGUCUUCCGUCCCCAUCCUGCAGCCCCCAGCAAAGCUGGAUCGCCUCGCCCAGCCACGAUCCACAGUGGUAUCCCAAUGACUCCACCGACUCUUCCCUCAGCAGCUUAUUUUCCAGUUUCCUUUCUCCGGAAAAGGGCCGGAAAAUGCUGCCCACCUCAGUGGGCAAUCCAAGCAGCAGCUCCUUGCUGGGACCCAGCCUGCUGGAUGGGAAUUCACGGGAUUCUUUUGUCUCUCGGUCCAUGGCUGAUGUCGCUGAGGUGGUAGAUUCCCAGCUGGCCUGCAUGAUGAACGAGAACAGCAUAGAUUACAUAUCUCGUUUCAACGACCUCGCCCAGGAGCUCGCGAUCCCCGAGCCCCCCCGCCGAGAGAUUCUCUUUGACGGAGGGAGUGGCGGUCCCCCCAUGGGCGACCUCUCUCAGUGA